AUGUCUGUCACCACAGCCUCCACAUCCUCGCGCAACAUGGCAAGGUGCCUACGAACCGCCAACCCAUCCACCCGCACCCGCCUCUUCCCCUCCCUCUCCACCCUCCGCCCCUUCACCACCACCCCCAUCCCCGCACGCUCCUACAACUCCAACCCCUUCGGCUUCCCCGACAACAGUGACGGCGACGCAUUCGGCACCGCCGCGCGCAGAUCAAAAGCGCUACCCGCCAACACCAUCAUCAAGUUCGUCCCGCAGCAGGAAGCAUGGAUUGUGGAGCGGAUGGGCCGGUUCGAUCGGAUCCUGGAGCCGGGGUUGGCGAUAUUGGUGCCGGUGCUGGAUCGCGUUCGUUAUGUGAAGAGCUUGAAGGAGAUUGCGGUGGAGAUCCCGUCGCAGAGUGCUAUCACCCAAGAUAACGUGACCCUGGAGUUGGAUGGUGUCUUAUACUUCCGGGUGGUGGAUCCAUAUAAAGCAUCGUACGGUGUCGAAAACGCAGAGUUUGCCAUCACUCAGCUCGCUCAAACGACCAUGCGCGCCGAAAUCGGCCAAAUGACCCUAGAUCGCACCCUCGCAGAACGCACGCAGCUCAACUUCAACAUCGUCAACGCCAUCAACUCCGCCGCCGCCGACUGGGGUAUCAAAUGCUUGCGUUACGAGAUCCGCGAUAUCCACCCGCCGGAUAACGUCGUUGCCGCGAUGCAUCAGCAGGUCGGGGCGGAGAGGAGGAAGCGGGCGGAGAUUUUGGAGUCGGAGGGUGCGAGACAAGCGUCUAUCAAUGUAGCCGAAGGACGCAAACAAUCUGCGAUUCUGGAGUCUGAGGCUGUCAAGCUGCGUCAGAUUAACCACGCACAGGGUGAAUCCGAAGCAAUCCUCCUCCGCGCCCAGGCCAACGCCGCCUCCAUCUCCCGCAUCGCACAGGCCAUCGCCGCCGAAUCCCACGCAGGGCAAGACGCCGUCUCCCUCUCCGUCGCCGAAAAGUACAUUGACGCCUUUGGAAAUCUUGCAAAGGAGGGAACCACUGUCGUCGUGCCGGCGAGUGUGAGUGAUGUCAGUAGUAUGGUGACGCAGGUUAUGAGUGUUUUCAGGCAUGUAGGGGACGCGCAGGGGGCCAGGGGGGGGUGCCCAGGCAUUCGGGAGCAGGCGGUGUCAGUAGGGGAAUAG